ACAGCUAUCCGAUGGCGCUACGUCGGUGCAAGCAGCUAGAAAAUCGUCUGAGCAAAAACUCAACGCUUCGUGAAAACGUGCAUAGGCAAAUCGAGGAGUACCAAAACAAGGGAUAUGCACAUCUGGCUACGCCGGAUGAACUUGCCAUGGCCAACCCGAGCAGGGUGUGGUACAUACCGUUGGACGUUGUGGUAAAUCCGCUGAAAGGAAAGGUUCGGUUGGUGUGGGACGGCCGUGCGUCAGUGAAUGGAGUGUCGCUGAAUUCGCAGCUAAUGAAGGGACCUGACUUGUUAACGUCGCUGCCAGCGGUGAUCAACCGGUUCCGGGAACGGCGAAUCGGGCUCGGUGGCGAUAUAAAAGAAAUGUACCACCAAAUCAAGAUCAGAGAGGAGGACAAACAAUUCCAGCGUUUUCUGUUCCGAGCGAUAGAAGGAGAACCACCUAAAGUCUACGUGAUGGACGUAGCCACGUUCGGGUCUACGUGCUCACCAAGUUCAGCGCAGUACAUAAAAAACAAGAAUGCGUUGGAGUUUGCGGCAGAGUUUCCUGAGGCGGCAGAAGCGAUCGUGAAGAAGCACUACGUGGACGAUUACUACGACAGCGUAGACACGGAAGAGGAGGCGAUCCGCCGAGCAGAAGAAGUGAAGUAUGUACAUUCAAAAGGAGGAUUUGAUAUCCGGAACUGGGUUUCGAACUCCACCAAGGUACUACAGAAACUCGGAGAGCAGAAAAUGGACCAGGCGGUUCAUUUAAACAAGGAUAAGGAGUCUGGAAACGAGAGAGUGCUUGGAAUAGUUUGGAACCCAAAGCAGGACACGUUCUCGUUUUCCACCGAGCAUAGAGAAGGCGUGAAAGAGUAUUUGCGAGGUGACAAGAUCCCCACGAAGCGAAUCGUAUUGAGCUGCGUGAUGGGAUUCUUCGAUCCACUCGGAUUAUUGGCCCCGUUUACUGUCCACGGGAAGAUCCUGGUACAGGAGCUCUGGCGGACCGGUUGCGACUGGGACGAGCAAAUAGAAGGCGAAUGUUUGGAAGGCUGGCAACGGUGGAUGAGUCUGCUGCCGGCGGUCGAAGCGCUGCGUAUUCCAAGAAGGUAUUUUGGAGAUCUCUAUUCUUCUUCUCUCCAAUCGAUAGAGCUGCACAUCUUUACCGACGCCAGUGAGUGCGCGUACGGAGCAGCAGCAUAUUUUCGUGUGAUGGUGGAUGAUCAUGUCAGGUGUUCUCUGGUGAUGGCCAGAUCGAAAGUUGCACCGUUAAAGCAACAAUCGAUUCCAAGGCUGGAGUUGAUGGCGGCCGUACUCGGAGCCAAAUUGCUGACGACGGUGAGGGAGAAUCAUUCGAUCACUGUUCAUCGGCAGUUCUUGUGGACGGAUUCCCAAACGGUGCUCAGCUGGAUAAGGUCGGAUCAGCACAAGUACAAACAAGCAGUGGCGUUUAAGAUCGGAGAAAUUCUGGAGAACACGAGUGUAGCGGAUUGGCGGUGGGUCCCAACCAAGAUGAAUAUUGCGGACGUGUUGACGAAGUGGGGUGAAGGUCCUCCCCUGGAAUCGGACAGCCAGUGGUUUAGGGGGCCUGAUUUCUUGUAUGAGCCGGAGAAUGUAUGGCCAGUCCCGAACGUUCCGUCAGCGAACACGGCCGAGGAAAUGAAGGCACGUUUCCUAUUCCAUGAUGGAAAUCCCAGUGGUCCUGCAAUCGAUGUGGGAGUAACUAAUCGCUGGAAGAAGUUAGUGCGUAUUACCGCUGCAGUUCUACGAUUCGUCGGAAAUUGCCGGCGGAAGGCUGGUGGGGAACCUAUAUGGACGGUGAAAGUUGCGGACGGACAUCGGAACAGCGUCAAGCCAGCGAUGAAAUCAAUUCAGCAACCGUAUCAGCAGAUGGAGUUCCAGAAGGCAGAAGUGGUGCUAUGGAAACAAGCACAAAGCGAAGGAUUCCCGGACGAAGUACAUACGUUGUUGAAGAAUGCAGGGAAAGGUAGUACACCACAAUCACUGAAGCGGACGAGCGUGCUGUAUCUGUUGAAACCGACGUUGGAUGAGGAAGGAGUAAUGCGUGUAGACGGAAGACUGAAGCAAGCCGAGUACAUGCCGUUCGACAAGAGGUUCCCGAUUAUUUUGCCCAGGAGUCACAGGAUAACGGAGCUGCUCAUUCAAAGCUACCACGAAGCGUUCGGUCAUGCGAAUAGGGAGACAGUUUUCAAUGAGCUGCGUCAGAGGUUCCACAUCCCGAAGCUUCGAGCAGUGAUCCGGAAGGUAGUUGCUGAAUGCGUCUGGUGCAAAGUGCAUCGGUGUGUACCCCAAGUUCCGCAGAUGGCUCCGCUACCGGUGCAGCGAGUAACUCCACUUUUACGGCCAUUCAGUGUAGUUGGCGUCGACUAUUUAGGUCCAGUAACGGUGGUAGUCGGUCGUCGAAACGAAAAACGAUGGGUGGCAUUGUUCACGUGUUUGGCAGUUCGAGCGGUCCAUCUCGAAGUAGUGCACAGCCUAUCGACACAGUCGUGCCUAAUGGCGAUUCGUCGGUUUGCGUGCAAGCGUGGAAUGCCACAGGAGUUCUUCUCGGACAACGGGACCAACUUUCAAGGAGCCAGCAAGGAGAUCGGGAAGGUUUCGAGGAAGAUCGACGAAGAAUGUGCUGAAGCGGUAGUUUGCUCCACUACCAAAUGGAAUUUCAACCCUCCCGGAACCCCUCAUAUGGGUGGUAUCUGGGAGAGAAUGGUAAGAUCGGUGAAGGAGGCAUUGAAAGCAUUCGACGAUGGACGAAAAUUAACGGACGAGGUGUUGCAGACGACGCUCUCCGAGGCGGAGGACAUGAUAAAUACUCGUCCUCUCACCUACAUGUCACAGGAUCCGGGUGAGCAGGAAGCGAUUACACCGAACCAUUUCUUGCGCGGAGCGGUCGUCGGGAGAGAUCUGCAAGUCGACGGGCCCUUUAAGUUAGCGGAUGCGUUGCGAGAUCUGUAUAGACGGUCGCAGUAUUUGGCGGACAGAAUGUGGGAACGAUGGUCAAAAGAAUACCUACCAGGCAUCAAUCGGCGUACUAAAUGGUGCACCGAGCGAAGAAAGUUGAACGUGGGAGACCUCGUCCUCAUAGUCGACGGCAAUGAUAGAAAAUCUUGGAUUCGAGGAAUUGUGGAGAGAAUCUAUACGGCGGCAGAUGGCAGGAUUAGGCAAGCGGAGGUGAGAACCAGGAAUGGCGUUUUCCGGCGAGCAGUGGUCAAUCUGGCGGUGCUAGAAGUGACUUCUGGUAAUUCCGGUUCAACCGAUGAACGGCUACCGGAGUUACGGGCUGGGGAGUGUUGACGGCGUCGAGCUCUACCCUACCAACCGUGCGUCCACAUUGAGAGUGAGAAGUGAACGCAACAAUUUUAUGCACGGCCGGUCAACAGCGGUUGAGACCAUUGAUUAUGCUUGGCGAAAGAAGGGUGAAACUAAAUAAAAACAAAAAACAUACUUGGAAGUUUAGUAGCGAUAGAAGUAUAGUUGAAUAAUUAUAUUGAAUUUUGAAGUAAAAAUUGUGUUAGAAUAGUGCUAAUAUCACCAAAUAGGACGGCAACCAGAGUCGAUUAGCCUGUUCAAUAAAUUAGUAAGUAGUUAUUCCUGAAAUUAUGUACAAGAUUGAUAAAUUCUGACUUGUUCAUAGGCUACUGUACACCGGUUUAGGUGGGAGUUUUAAGAAGAUCGGCACGGUGAGAUUCCGAAAGCUAUUAGCUAGCUAUUUGUAUUGGAUAAGCGACUAGCGCUGGAAAUAAUCACCCGAUAGUGCUGAAGCAGUUGAAGGGCAUCGCAAGAGUGGGAAGAAACUAUUUCUUGUGAGUUUGAGUAAGGAUUAUUUAAGCAAUAUACUGAAUACACGUUUUGUUUUAGUUUGAGCUGAUCGAUAAGCGA